GCAAAAAAAACGUUCCUCAGUUGUUGGCCUUACUCAUAGCCGUGCUCUCGCCUGCACCGCGCGUUCAGUUACUAAAUAACCACGUGAAUAUUGAAUUUACAAAGCUUUAAAUUUGUGUUAUAAUCAAAGGUAUUAAAAUACUACAAUAUAUUUCAAUUUCACAAUUGCUCCGUGAAACCUUUCACUAAUUUCAGACGACCUUGCGUUCGCGCCAUAGUAACACACUAGCUUAGUACAGGCUAUUCUAAAGUGGAACUUUCUAUACGUCGCCAUAUUGUCAGGGGUCAGUUCGUUAAAAUGUUAAGACUCGCAGUGUUGUGUCUCUUCGCGGUAACAACAUCUUGUGCAUUAAAAAUAUACCACAGUGAUACAAGUGAAACAACUUUCAGACAGGACAACGCGUUUCUGACGUCAUUAACUUGGUACCCGACAACACACCAUCUAAGAAAACGAUCAAUUACAAGACCUAGUAUAUCUGAUUUGAUUCACAAAAGGUCAAUAUCUUUCGAUCCUCCGAAAUCUUAUGUUCCAGCUACGCCUUACGCGGCCUCUUUCUACGCACCUCCAACACUUCGUUAUUCCUAUUCAUCGCCAUUACUUCCUAAAGGCCCUUUUGUAUCCGCAUAUACUGCUCCUGCGCACUAUAUAAAUAAAAGACUAUCGUACUCACCCCAACCUUCGAUAUUCUCUCCUGUUAUACCAAGUUCUUUGGUGCCUGAGUUUUCAAUACCACUAUAUGUAGUCAAGAAAAGACAUAUUCCAGAAACUGAAGAAUAACAACGAAGAUUAGAAGA